UAGCUCGCAAGAUUCCACUUUUCUUUUUUCUUUUUCUCACACAAUCAAAAAGCACAACGAUGGUGAAGAAAGAUGAGCGGCAAAAGGGAGCGAAAGGACAAACAAACCUGGACCAUAUCAGAGUAGCCGUGGCCUCUGUCAGCAAAGACAUGUGCCGGUACAGCUGGACUCUCCCCGAUGAGUCCUUGAAUCUUCGAAUGAAAGAUCACUUCUCAUCGCUGCUGUUUGGGGGAUCCAUCACAAAUACAAUCUUGGAACUAGUGCUCCUCGCUGCCCCCUUUGUAGCCAUGGGAAUGAACGGCCAAGUUUCCACACUCUUGAAUGUUAAAGGAAGCAUGACGUUCCUGGAACUAUCUGUCUUCUUUUUCGUAUGUUCGACUGUUCGAAGAGUCUACAAUGCCUACCUGGAAGCAGUCUAUUUUUCAUUCCAAAAUUUGAGAACGCAACCUCCUAAGGAACAUUUGCUCAAGCAAAAGAAGGAUCUCAUGGGGAGGGACAUGGAGCAGCUAGAAAUAUUGGAUGGACACGACAAAUGGACCAUGAUCUCCCAGUUUCUACUCAAUUUUGGACUCUACUUUUGCCUCCCUGGAUAUUACCCCUCUCCCCACGAACCACAAUCCCUCCAGGAACGAUUCCUCCGCCUCCUCCUCAACCACUACGUCAUGAGCUUUGGAAUGUACUGGGCGCAUCGAUCCCUCCAUGAGGUACCGUUUCUUUGGGAACAUAUCCACUGCAUCCACCACUGGGCCAAGCACCCACUCUCCCGCAACACAUACGAAGAUCACUGGUUCGACAACUUUUUCAACGCCAUUGUGGGACACUGCUACGCCCAAAUCCUCGUACCGCUCGAUCGUCCCACCUUUUGGUUCUCACGGAUCUUUCGAAUCUUGGAAAGUUUGGAAAAACACUCGGGUGUGAGCUGUGGGUUCAAUAUCGCCCACUCGAUGCAGCAGUGGUUACCGUUUGCGCAGAUGCCGCAUCAUCAUGAUUGGCAUCAUGAGGGGUUCAAGGGGAGCAAUUAUACCUUUUCCAGUAUUGGUGGAUUGUGGGAUUGUCUGUUUGGGACGAGGAAAUCGGGGAGAGCAAACCAUUCUGCUACGAGGGAGGAUAGGAACGGCAAGUCCAACGUGAUGCAGGAUUUGCCUGCUCGAUGGUUUAGCCCUCUUUUGCCCUUGGUUGGUUUGACAGUUUUGGUGAGCAUAAAGUUGCACGGAUCCUUCUAACGUUUUGUUCGUCAGACAAGGAUGAUGAGUUGAGGUGGCCCCCAUGUCAACUUCGUUGGGGAGGUGCAUGCCUUGUUCCCCAGCCAACAAUUACCAGUCAGGUACUAGUGGCUUCUUGCCCGUACCGGAAACUCUCGCCAUGACUCGGCAGAGCAAUGUUGGGGUCUCAUCUAGAGGACGGACGGCAGAGGCGGUGGCUGGGAGUCGAGGAAGACUCGACUCGACUCGACUCGACUCGACUCGACUCGACUCCGUAGGGACUGUCCAUGAGGACGAAAAGGAAUUAUGGAAUGUUCGUAUAGAAACACUCUAGCUAGUUUGUUUCACGCGCACAAUUGAGCGCAAGUUUGGAUGGGGAAAGCUGCCAUUAUUGUUAUCAAAAAUUUCAGUGGGACCGCUGCUGCUUUCAUCAGUCAAGCUCAGCUUGCAGCUUAGUCUUAGACAAGAUAACAGAUCAUGGUUGUAGCUAUAUAUUAUGUCACCUAUAUUGGCCAAAACGCAUCCAUGGUACAGGUGCAGACACUUCUUCCCAUGUGCACUCCUCAUGGGCUCGACAAAUAAGCCUGUCUCUAG